AUGAACCCUGAGUCAUACGAUUACCUCUUCAAGCUACUCCUUAUCGGAGAUUCUGGUGUUGGAAAGUCCUGCUUGCUUCUUCGAUUUGCUGAUGAUACCUACACGGAAAGCUACAUCUCUACUAUUGGUGUGGAUUUUAAAAUUCGUACUAUCGAACUCGACGGCAAGACAGUGAAGCUCCAAAUCUGGGACACUGCGGGCCAGGAGCGCUUCAGGACUAUCACCUCGUCUUAUUACCGCGGCGCCCAUGGUAUCUGCGUUGUCUAUGAUGUGACUGAUAUGGAUUCAUUCAACAACGUCAAGCAGUGGCUCCAAGAAAUCGACCGGUAUGCCACCGAGGGUGUUAAUAAGUUGCUCGUGGGUAACAAGAGUGAUAUGGAAGACAAGAAAGUAGUGGAAUACACAGUCGCCAAGGAGUUUGCGGAUAGUCUUGGAAUUCCUUUCCUAGAGACUUCGGCUAAGAAUGCCUCGAAUGUCGAACAAGCUUUCUUGACGAUGGCCAGACAGAUCAAAGAGCGUAUGGGAACCGCCACUGUCAACAACAAACCUACCGUGCAAGUCGGUCAAGGCCAGGGAGUUCAGUCUAGCUCUUCUGGCGGUUGUUGCUAG